AAGAGGCGGGCGUACCGCGCAUUAACGCUGGUGUUUACAUCCAAACCCAAACUCCCAACAUGUCAGCCUCUAUAGCACGGGCGACGGUGAAGGCGGUCAGCAGACGGAAAAUACUGCCAACGAGAGCCGCUUUAACGCUGACGCCUUCAGCCGUGAAUAAAGUCAAACAACUUUUACAGAAUAAACCAGAUCAUAUCGGCCUGAAGGUUGGCGUUCGAACCAGAGGUUGCAAUGGCCUCACGUACACACUAGACUAUACUAAAGAGAAAGACAAAUCAGACGAGGAGGUGUUACAAGAUGGCGCGAGAGUGUUCAUAGAGAAGAAGGCUCAGCUGACGCUGCUCGGCACAGAGAUGGAUUUCGUCGAAACGAAACUUUCCAGCGAGUUCGUGUUCAACAAUCCCAACAUCAAAGGGACGUGUGGUUGCGGGGAAAGCUUCAACAUAUGAACCUCGCCACAUGCUUGGCUUCAUCUAGAGCUCGAGCCCUCCAGGACAUCCUAUGGAAGCCCGUUUCCGCCACUGAAUAAACAAUAAAAAAGGUAAUUGCGACUUUUUAUUUCA